CAGGUGCCCCGCUUCCGGGCGAGGCCAGCGCCGGGCCGCGGAGGGGUAGCCACCUCCCUGGAUCUCGAGUCCCAGCGCACAGCACCGGCGCCCCGGUGACGACGCGGGCGGCGCUCCGCGCCCUGCGGCCUUCCCUUUGCGGCGGGUCGCGCGGCGGCGGUUGCUGGGCGACGCGGAGGGAGAGGCGCCCGCGGGAGGCUCGGGACCCCGGGGACCCCGUGGCCGGCCGCCCCUCUCGCUGGCCAUGGCGGUGGCGCCUCCGGGCGGGGCGGGGGGCUCGCGCUGGACCUGGCGGCCGGUGGCCCGGGACGCGCUCCUGGCCCGGGCCUUCCAUUCGUGCACCGAACUGCGGGGCCGGCUCUACCUGGUGGGGGGCCUGCUGGCUGGGGGCGCGGCCGAGCCGAGCGCCGACACGGUGGUCCUGGACCCGGCGGGGGCCCCGGCCGUGCGGGUGGGGGCGCGGGGCGGCCCGAGGCGCAGCCACCACGAUGCGGCGGCGCUGGGCGGGCGCUGGCUCUGCGCCGUGGGCGGCUGGGACGGGGCGCGCCGCCUGGCCGCAGUGGCCGCCCUGGAUGCGGAGCGCGGAGAGUGGGAGGCGUGGACGGCGGCCCCCGGCAGCUGCCCCCCUGCCGGCCUCAGCAGCCACACCUGCACGCGCCUCUCGGACCGAGAGCUGCGGGUGGCAGGCCGGGAGGGGGGGACGCGCACUCAGCGUCGCUAUGGAAGCAUCUACACGUUGCGGCUGGACCCCAGCGCCCGCACCUAUUGGCCCCCUCCGACCUUUGGCAAAGGGGGUGGGGAGAAGGCAGGACAGCUCUUAGUUUCCGGAAACCCCGACUCGCUGGCCCACCUGGUGCACAUCCUCAGCUACAGGGAAGAAAGCUGCCGCUCGGCCUCCCGCUCGGGGCACUGCGCCGCCCUGCUCCCGACCCCUGGGCCCCGCCCCGGCCACCAGCUGCUGCUCUUUGGAGGCUGCGACUCGGCUGAGCCGGAAGUGGCCGGGCACUGGGGUCAUGGGAAGAUUCAGGAGGAAGCGCCUGCCGCCCCCCGUUUGACGGAGCAGCUAGCAAAGCUCGUGAGCAGUGGGCAAGGGUCCCGGCAGGGGCCUCGGGGCCUCCGGCACCAUUCAUGCUCGGUGGUUGGGCCCUUUGCUGUGCUGUUCGGUGGAGAAACUCUGACCAGAGCUAGAGACACCAUCUGCAAUGACCUCUACGUCUACGAUACCCGCAGGGCUCCUUCCCUGUGGUUCCACUUCCCCUGUGCAGACCGAGCGCUGAAACGCGUGGGCCAUCGGACCUGCCUUUGCAAUGACCAGCUGUACCUGGUUGGGGGUUUUGGGGAGGACGGCAGGACGGCCAGUCCACAAGUGUGCACCCUGGACCUCUUUCUCUAAAGAACGGUGCCAAGACACACUGCCAUGCCGCUGUUUUAUUGUAAACUCAAAGCAUUAUCACCAGAGCUACCUGCCUCACGUCAAAUGCUUAUUAAAUUUCCAUCUAACAGUCAA